AUGCUGCAGCGCGGCGAGGUGAGUGGUGCGCUCGGUGACCUCGGCACGUUUCUGCCGGACGUCGUGGCCCUCUCGAGCGUGAUGGGCUCGGCGCUCCCCGCCGCGUCCUUUGUCUUCUUCUCGGGUUUGUGGAACCUCGUCUCCGGCUGUCUUUUCGAUUUGCCGCUCCCGAUCCAGCCGAUGCACACGGUGGUGGCAGUGGCUCUGACCGAGGGCCUCACCUACCCGCAGCUCGUCGCCUCGGGCCUCUGGCUCGGUGCGAUGUUCACGCUCCUCGGCGGGAGCGGCUCGGUCGAGCGGGCGCGACGCUGCAUCCCGGUCUGCGUGGUGCGCGGGCUGCAGCUCGGCCUCGGGCUCAAGGUCUUCUCGACCGGCGCCGGCAUGGCGACUCGCGAGCGAGCCCUCCUCACCCACAGCCUCGACGGGCUCCUCGCCGCCCUCCUCUCUGCGGCGGUCGCACUCGCGCUGUACGGCGACCGAAAGCGCCCCGCCAGCCUCGUGCUGUUUGCCCUCGGUUGCGCCGGCGUGGCACGCGCGCUGCCCGCGCCGCCGUCCCUGGGCCUGCACAGCCCGCUCGCGCCCGUGCCGACUGUCGACGCGGCCGACUGGUGGCACGCUCUCGUUCGCGCCGCGCUGCCGCAGCUUCCCGUCACGCUGCUCAACGCAGUGGUUGCGACCGCCAAGCUGGCGGAGGACCGCUCGCCCCGCUUGCCACUCCACCGCGUGUACACGCCGAGCGUCGACGCGAUCGCCCUCUCCGUCGGCCUCUCCAACCUCUCCACAGCGGCCGUCGGCCACUUUCCGUCGUGCCACGGCUGCGGUGGUCUCGCCGGGCAGCACCAGUUUGGAGCGCGCACAGGGUCCUCCAUGGCGCUGCUCGGCCUGUGCAAGAUGGGCCUCACCGUCGCCCUCGGCCCGGCGCCACUCCUCCGCGCCUUCGCCGCCUUCCCGCCUGCGGUGCUCGGCGUCCUGCUCGCCGUCGGCGGGGUGGAGCUCGCCGCCUGCGCCCGGGAUGUGCGCGGCCGCUGCGGCUUUGUGAUCAUGCUGAGCGGCGCGGGGAGCGUGCUGCGCCUCGGCACAGGCGCCGCAUUUCUCAUCAGCUGCACCGCCGCCGCCGCCUUCCGCCUCGCGGGCCGAAGCCUCGACGAGGAGGACGAGGCCGGGGGCUACGAGCCAGCAGCGACCGACCCGGCGAACGAGCCGGAGGAUGGGUAG